CUUCGAACCACAGGAGAGGCUACUCAGCCAAUCAGACCGGCUCUGCCAUUUAAUACAAACCGGGCAGGACGACGGGCUUUGUUCUCAUUGACCAACACGUCCCAGACAAACCAUUGAUCGCCCACUGUGACUGAGAUAUUAAAUGAGUGCAAUUUCCUGUCUGCUUCUUUAAAUUUCUGGUCAUCGUAACAAGCAACAGUGUUUAACAGAGCUGGGAAUAUAUCGAUCGGUUACAUCGAUGGAGUAUGUUUUUGACGACAUUGAGUUCGAAAUUAAUUUGAAUGACUUCAAUUUCUCCAGCUUUUUCAUCAACACCAGCUACAAGGAGCUGACCAAUUUCAGUUACGAUCCGUGUGACAGCACCACUGUCUGCCUGAGCCAGCCAUGCAACCCGAGACGCGGCUUGACCUUCAGCCGAGUGUUCAUCCCCACCUUCUACGUCGCCGUCUUCCUGGCAGGCCUGCUGGGCAACGGGCUGGUGGUGGUGGUUCUGGCCAGGAACCUGAAGCGCCUGGCGGCAACGGAGACAUACGUCCUCCACCUCGCUGUAGCCGACCUGCUGCUGGUGGUGGGUUUGCCGUUUUGGGCGGCAGAAGCAGCCAGCGAGUGGGUUUUCGGGAACACCUUCUGCAAGGUCCUGGGGGCCCUGUACAACAUCAGCUUCUACGGCAGCAUCUAUCUUCUGGGCUGCAUCAGUUUCGAUCGUUACCUCUCCAUCGUCCACGCCGUCCAGCUUUACAAAAAGAGGAGGCCCUGGCGGGUCUAUCUCGGUUGCUUGGCUGUGUGGUUCUUCUGCAUCCUGCUAGCCAUCCCAGACUUGCUGUUCCUGCAGUCCAUGAAUGCCAACGGCACCAACAAGUGUGCCCACAAUUACGGGGCGAGUGGGUCCAAGGGGUGGAUCGUGGGCUUGCGCUUCUUCUAUCAUGUCACUGGCUUCCUCCUACCUCUGGGGGUCAUGAGUUACAGCUACCUGAACAUCGGCCUGACUCUCAUGCAGUCUCACAAUGCGCAGCGGCAAAAGGAGAGGCGGACCAUCAAAGUCAUCGCCACCGUGGUCAUUGUCUUCUUCCUGUGCUGGACCCCAUACAACGCGAUGAUGUUCUUGGAGACCCUGCACCGGCUCGGCGCCAUCGGCCGGGACUGCAACUUCGAGGAGCACAUGGACACCGGCUACUCCCUGACGGCCUGCCUGGGCAACCUACAUUGCUGCCUCAACCCCUUCCUGUACGCCUUCGCCGGCGCCAAGUUCCGCAUGAGGAUGUACGAGUGCCUGGAGGCCAUGGGCUGCGCUGCCAGGCGGAGGUGGGCCACCGUUCCGACCAGCCGGCGGCAGCGGCACUCCAUCAUCACCAUCUCGGAGUCUGGAGACACUUCGUACUCUGGCUUCUGAGGGUCCGGCGUUUUUUACGCAGGCCCAGGAGUGGGGAGCUAUACCACUGUCCCACAAGAGGGCCCCCCCUUCUCUCUUUUUCUUUAACCUACUUUCUUCCAUAAUCAACUUGUUCAGUGAUGUUAUUGCCCACUUCCGGAGCAGUUGGGACUUGAACCCAUGCCUCCUGUUCCAAGGGGGUGGGGGGGCAUUACCGCUGUGCCACAAUAGGGCCCGUGCUCUCUUUUUCUUUCUUUUUAACCUAUUUUUCCCAAAUCAACUUGUUCAGAGAUGUUAUUGCCCACCUCUGGAGCAGGAGGGACUUGAACCCAUGACUCCCAAUCCAGGGAUGGACAGACUACCACUGACACACAAGAAGACCCUACCUUUUCUCUUUUUUAUAUCCUAUUUUUCUUAACAGUUUGUGCAGAGACAUUAUUACACACCUCCAGAGCAGCUGGGUGUUGAACCCCGUCUCCCAGGCCAGGGAUGGGGACAUUACCACUUUUCCACAAGAGGACCCCGAGCAGUCAUAAGUUUUUUUUUUCUUUUUAACCUAAUUUUCCAGUCAACCUGUUCAGAGAUGCUAUUACACACCACUGGAACAGGUGUGACUUGAACCCAGGCCUCCUGCUCUCGGGGUAGGGUCAUUACCACAAGAUGGCUCCAACAGCCCUUGGACGAUGGCCUAUUAGUGUGGGAUACUCGGUCGAGGCUCUAGAAGGGCAGUUUGCUACCACCCCUCAAGAGCCAACUAAGGAAUGGCAUUAAACACUGGGACCAGCCAGCAACUGCCAGGUCCCACAAGUGAGACUGUUUCACAAACAGGAGAGAGAGGGUGAAAUAGGGAUUGUGA